AUGGAUGAUAUUUAUGCAAACAAAGGUCGCCAAGAUAUAUGCAGCUCAGAAACUUGUUCAAAUAACGACAGCACUCAGCAGAAUGAAAAUCGCCACUCAAGCCACAAUGCUAGAAAUUCUUCAGUCCCUUUGUUUUAUUGCAUGUGCUCUGUUUGCCAAAUCCAAGCGAAAAACAAGGUGAAAAAGCCAGUUACCCCAGCACAUAGAAAAUCUGUAAGGGCGCAAAAAUUAGGAAUCUUGAAAAGCUUUACUUGGCUGUUAGAAGAAAUAGGAAAUCAUAGUCAAGGCCUAAAUAUCCGAAUUUUCACCCCUGACAUUGUUGCUUUCAGAAAAGCAAGAAUAGCUUACUUAAUUCAGCCAAAAGGUGAAAGAUCAUGAAGAUUUAACACAAAUUUAGACCAUGUAAGCCUAACUGAAAUAAUGAAAAAGUUUACAAAGGUAGUUAGAGAGCGAAAAGCCUUAAUUCAUGGUCAAAAUAAUAAGGUAAUAGCUGCAGAAAUCUACGGGAAAGAAAUAGCCUUGCUUCGAUAUACAGCCAAAGAUAGGGACAAUGAUCAUCUUGAUAAUAACCCUUUGGAUGAAGAUGGACCUUUAAGAGUUCUUUACUCCAACCCCUCUUUAAAUUGGAACCAAAAAUUUUGUUCCAAUUUAAAUUAUUAUCAUAAAAAUUUUUAAAACUUUUAAAAAAUAUAUAAAUACUUUGAAAUUUUUUUUUAAAAAAAAAUAAAAAAAAUAAUCAAUUGCUUAAAUAAAAUUCUAUUGUACGUUUUUUUAUUAAAUUAGGGUAAACUAAUGUUAUAAAAAUUAGUAUUUUGAUCUUUAAUUUUUUUUAGACAAAUAUAAACUGAGCACAAUGGUUUGAAUUUUAUGAAGAAUUAAAUAAAAAAAUUAAUUAAUUCAGUGUAUUGUCUAUUAAAUUAGGUAAAAUUAAUUUUAAAAUUUAAUAUAGUAAUUGCCCGAGGAUGGCGCAAGAUGGCGCCAUCCUCGGGCAAUUACAAUACUCAUUGAUAAAAUUUUCCUAUUAAAAAACAAUUUUUUGCCAAUGGUUUGUUUCCAAUUUAAGGGAGAGUUAAUGAAAGAGAGUUCUUUAAUUUAAUGUAUGAAAGAUUAGGAAGCGCUGUAUGAAAGAAACUCGUUUACAUACAAACAAUAAUUCGAUGCAAAGGUGGAUUAGGAGAUGUGAUUAUCAUAGAGUAUUUCACAACUGAUAAAUUUGACCCUGCUUUUGAAGCAUAUAUUGACUACGUUGAGAAUGAGGAGCAGCUCAUGAACGAUAAUCCUAUAGCCUACUGUGAAAUUAUCUGCAGACGGAUAGCAGCGAUCCUGUAUUUUCACUCGAGUUUAGAGAUUUUGAAAAUGAGAGCAGAGUUUAUGAAAGAUGAUCUAGGAAAAAUAUGGUUUUCUUAUGCUACUGAUAUAUUAGUUAGAGAAAUUCAGCUUCCAAAAACCCGAAAUAAGCCUCCAGACGCUAAACUUUCUGAUAAAGACGUUAAAGAGCUGAACAUGGCACUAGAUUAUCACGUUGCACAGGAUAAGCUUUCUCCAACUUUUUAUAAAUAUAAUGGAUAUAUGGAGGAUUAUUAUAAAAAUGUUAAAGUAAGUGCUGAUAUUGAAAGAGUUCUUGAAGCUCCUCCGGCGACAUUAAUAAGUGAAGACACAAAAAGAGCUCAGGUUGAGCUUUCUGGUAGGAGCUUUUUUGCAGAAAGAUCUGUAUCAAGUGAAGCUAAUAAAUCUUAUCUUAUCUUAUGGAAUUUAUAUCGCUUAACGUCCACUACGGGGUUACGACCCCAGGUUUAUCACUCGCCUUUCGUCGCAUCGGGCCCACCAGUCCGCUGGGGACAGACUCGCUUCGAUCUCCAAGGUGCUUCUAGGGCAAAUGUCCAGGUCUUCGACGGCUCAUGAAUGAGCUACUUGCUUGUACAUGGGUUGCUUUUCCGAAAAACCCAAAAAAUGGAUUUUUUCUGGUCAGCUAUCGGCAAAAAGGAAAAAUACAAAGCCUGGACGUAACGCCCAGUUUCACGCUAGGGAGUUGCCCGAAUGGUCCAGAGGACUUUGCUGAGCUUCCCCUUUCCAACCUUGUACCCUCCUUUCCCACGAGGAAAAAUCCACCCCUGAGAUUAGACUAGGGCUAGGCUCUGAAAGCUACCAGAAUUGCUUACCUAGCAUUGCUGUCCAUCUCUGAAAUGGUAAAACCUUGCCGGAUAUAAUUAAAAUAUGAGUCGAGGCUGCAUGGGCGGGAGGCCAUGCCCAGACGAAGACGCCAUAUUUUAAUUAUGAAGCUAAUAAAUCAAUGUUCAUGAAUGAUUCAUAUAAUUCUGCGAGAACAAGAAAAAGAGUAAAAACUGCUAAUGCUCCGAAUCAAAAGAAUUUAUUCAAAAUUAACCGAGGUAUUAUAUUACCCUUUUUAAGAGAAAACUCUGUAAAAGGGCACUUUCGAACUUUAAGUCAGCAAGCUGCCACAAGCUAA